AUGUAUAAUGAUGAUGAUGAUGAUGAUGAUGAUGAUGAUGAUGAUGAUGAUGAUGAUGAUGAUGAUGAUGAUGAUGAUGAUGAUGAUGAUGAUGAUGAUGAUGAUGAUGAUGAUGAUGAUGAUGAUGAUGAUGAUGAUGAUGAUGAUGAUGAUGAUGAUGAUGAUGAUGAUGAUGAUGAUGAUGAUGAUGAUGAUGAUGAUGAUGAUGAUGAUGAUGAUGAUGAUGAUGAUGAUGAUGAUGAUGAUGAUGAUGAUGAUGAUGAUGAUGAUGAUGAUGAUGAUGAUGAUGAUGAUGAUGAUGAUGAUGAUGAUGAUGAUGAUGAUGAUGAUGAUGAUGAUGAUGAUGAUGAUGAUGAUGAUGAUGAUGAUGAUGAUGAUGAUGAUGAUGAUGAUGAUGAUGAUGAUGAUGAUGAUGAUGAUGAUGAUGAUGAUGAUGAUGAUGAUGAUGAUGAUGAUGAUGAUGAUGAUGAUGAUGAUGAUGAUGAUGAUGAUGAUGAUGAUGAUGAUGAUGAUGAUGAUGAUGAUGAUGAUGAUGAUGAUGAUGAUGAUGAUGAUGAUGAUGAUGCUGAUGAUGAUGAUGAUGAUGAUGAUGAUGAUGAUGAUGAUGAUGAUGAUGAUGAUGAUGAUGAUGAUGAUGAUGAUGAUGAUGAUGAUGAUGAUGCUGAUGAUGAUGAUGAUGAUGAUGAUGAUGAUGAUGAUGAUGAUGAUGCUGAUUGA